CGAGUUUACACCGAGUCAAAAUGGGCAACCGAUUGACAACCGGGCAAAAGAACAGUUAUUCGUUUGAACAACACAGGAGUCUGACCGUAACCCAGAGGCAAAACUUUGGGAAUCGAGAACUAGAAAGGAAUUGGACUGACUUGAAUGUAGUAAGGUGGAGGAGUCAUUUUCAAAGCACUGAUGUGACAACUGAGCCGGAGACAAAUUACAUUUAACACAACAAGAGCUCGUGGUGGGAACAAAAAUAUCCUGUUUCUGGAAUUUCCCACAACUUAAACCUGUUUACGGUAAUUCGCCCUAUAAUACAGAUCUGUGUACGCUAAACUAUAUUAAAAACAACAGAUGUGAUGUAAACCUUGACAUUUUUUCUACAAUCAUUUCUUCAUGUGUUUAACAGUUUGGGCAAAAAAACAACUUGGCAACUGGACAGAAGGGGAUUGAUUCUGAACAACUAAGCAAUUUAGCAACUGGACAACUGAGCAACAAUUCAACUAUUGAGCAGAGCAAUUUUGGCACUUUACAGAGAGGGAGGAGAGAUUUUGAACGACAGAGAAAUAUUGGCACUUUACACGAAAGGGGAAAUUAUGGUCGUCUUAGGAAUUUAGCAACUGAACUCAUAAGUGAUGCUGAGCAACUGAGAAAUUUUGCUGAACAACUAAGCAAUUUAGCAACUGAGCAAAGGGGUGAUUCUGUACAACAGAGCAACAAUACAACAGCUGAGCAGGAGAAGUGUUAUGACCCAAAGGACACCACACUUAUUUUUGUCGAUGGAGAGGACGACCAUGAUUGUAAGUAGCCAAAGAACCGGACAUUUACUUUCUGAUAUAUCAAACUUCUCAGUAACAUCUGUUUUUGUGCGUCUCACAGUUGAGCGCAAUGACUUCAAGUCUCUCAGAGCGAAGAUGUCGUGCGGGCAUACCGUCACCCCCAUGUCUCUCACCAACUGGUGUAAACAUCUGUUGAGUCAGGGGGAGAUCGGAUUUGUGUGUGGCCAACCCGACUGUAACGUUGAGUGGACAUAUGAUGAAGUGUGGAAGAUGGCUCUACUGACCCCAGAAGAAAUGGAGUACUUUGAUAAGAAAAUGUUCAGUAGAGCUGCUAAAGAAUUCUUGGACUUCAAAUCAUGUCCCGGCUGCAAGUGCUCUGUUGUGCGGAGCGACGUAAACAACCUGAGGGUCUGCUGCGUGAUGUGCACCGCUAAAACCAACGUGGCCUUUUCCUUCUGCUGGCAGUGUUUGGAGGAAUGGAAAGGUCCAUCUCCCUAUCCAGACCGCUGUGCAAAUGAAGGCUGCAUCAAUAAGCAGCAGGAAAUACUGAACACCUGCCCAGACAUCACCUUUGAAUCCGUGAGGGGGGUCGCUGGCUGCCCCUCCGUCCGGGUCUGUCCCACCUGCGGUUUGCUGCUGGAGCAUAACAGAACUAAAUGUAAAAACAUGAGAUGUCCGAGAUGUAAGGUGGAGUUCUGUUUUGUUUGCCUGAAACUAACUGAAGAGUGCCUGGCGCAGGAGAAAAGUUCACAUUACCUUUGUUGUCCGAGUGGUGUUGCCCCAAGACAGACCACCAUACCUGUGUGGCAGAGGAAGUAAUGAGUCACUAUAACAAUCGGCUUAGAAAAAAUGUAAAGUUUGUAUUUCCUGUGUUCACUCAAAGGAAAAUACAGGACCUUUUCACCACAGUAAGAGCUUUAUUUGUUUAGCGUAAGAUAUGCUCUGACACAUACUGUAGCAGGUUUAGUCCUAUCGUUAUCUAAAGGCUGUCAAUCAAAAUCUGGGGCUUUUAAAUGUAUAUCUGCCUUUUGAAGUAAGUGUUUUGUAUUACAGUUUCGUUAACUCAAAGUGAAUGCUAGAAUUGUGCAUUGUGCCGUUUUAAGUAGUGACGUUCAAAUGAGUUUGAAUUGAAGUGGCACUACUGAAUAAAAACACCUCCAUAACCCAAGGAUGAGUUUUCACAAUGUAAGUGUAACCUGUACUUGUUGUAUAUUUGAGUAACACAUAUUCAAGCCAUUGUCAUUUAUUCAGAAUAUGACUUUUUUCUGUAAUCUUUUACAUCCCUUAAGCCAGGGGUGUCCAAACUUUUUUCACCAAGGGCCAAAUACAGAAAAAUAUACGAAGGUCUGGGCGCCUUACUAGAGUUGAAGUAUAUUGCCUCUUAAAUUAGGUUAUAAGUUAGCAAAAUCAAUCAAAUGUAGGGAAGUUAUGCUUGAUACUUGAAUAUGCUUUAGGAAAAAAUCAGCCUACACCACAGCUCUCCGUAGGGCUCGCUCAGAGUGCUUACAAUAAGGGGAAAAUGAAGGGCAUAUUUCAAGCUUGUUAUGUAAAUCAGUUAUUGGGCUUUUUUUUUAUCAACUUAGAUUUGUUAGAAAAUGUUUUCAACUUUAAUUGCCUGAAUUGACUUGAAAAGUUGGCUCUUUAACUCAUGAAAACAGUGUAAUAUAUGUUUACAUAUCGUCUUGUGCUUGACUUGUAUUUAAGUACAAUAUAACACAAGCACAAGUUUCAUUCGUGGGCCAUAUGACAUUAUCCUUUUGAUUUACCUGAGGGCCAAUUUAAAAGAGCCUGCGGGCCGUAUUUGGCCCCCGGGCCGUAGUUUGGACAACCCUGCCUUAAACCAAUAGAGCUGUUGCUGUUCACACUCACCUCUGUGUCCGAGUUAUGGGCCGUCUGCAGACCAGCAAUCGCUUCUGUGCUUACAACAGUUCUGAACGGAAACGCCUGUAACAUAUUCAUAUAUUAGCAUGGGUGGUUCUAUGAGGGGGCCAAAAGGGUCAAGAACCCCUGGAACACUGAGUUGGGAGUGAGGCCCCCUUCAUUUAAAAAUGUGAUUAUACAAUUUGUGAAAGUUUAGCAGCAAAGAAUGUGCUGUAACUUGGGCACAAAGAUAUAAAUCAACAACAUCUAAGUAACUGACACAGUUGAUGUUACUAAAACAAAAAUCAAUUGAAGUAUUUUUCUGGUUUCUUUUGUUGGCUAUGACUUUAAACUGAACUACAAAAACGUGACUGUAUAUUACCCUUUAAAGGCCUGAUUAAUAUCCAACAUUUCUCAUACAAAAUAAAGAGGAUUCACGUACUUA